AUGUCUUCGGCUGCUGUGAAGCGUGAAGCGUCCCCCGACCGCGGGCUGGAGCUCGUGUAUCGAGUGAGAGAACAGAUUCCGCCGAGUCAGCAGAGUUCACCCCGCGAUGAGAAAUGCGUCCGAAAAGCCGACUACCUCUUCGGCAACCCAACAUACUUCACGGUCCUCCAUGCCGACUGGGUCGACACCUCGACCCUAAGCUACACCCAUCUCUACAAGGACCUACAGUCCACCCCUUGUCUUCGAUUCCAACCUGGGCGUUGUCUGCUUCUCCCGCGCCAUUUCACACGCGAAGAAAAGAGCAAGAAGCAAGUAAGGGAGCGCCUUAUCCAUGUCAAAUCCUGGCUCAUGUCCAUCACGCUUGUUAUCACAGUUUUCUACAAUGGUCGUUUCCCCCAACCUAAUUCGCCCGUCACUACCUGGCCUCGCAUCCACUUGGUCGUUCGCCAACGUGUGCCUCGCCGUAAGAUGCCUUUGAAGCGCAUUCCUCUUGAUGGCUAG